AUGCGGCGCGGCGUAAAGAGGCGGCGGCCCCGGCCCCCAGCGGCCCCGGCCUCGGCCGCCCGGGGCGGCGGCUUUAGGGCAGGGGACCGGGCCGGACUGGAUGCGCAAGAGGAGAAGGUGGUGUAUUCGCGGUCGCAACUGUCGCUGGCCGACAGCACCGAAGCGCUGGGCGACGCCUUCAAGCUGUUCAUGCCCCGCAGCACGGAGUUCAUGAGCUCGGACGCGGAGCUGUGGAGCUUCCUCUGCAGCCUCAAGCACCAGUUCUCCCCGCACAUCCUCCGCAGCAAGGACGUCUACGGCUACUCCUCCUGCCGGGCCCUAGUCCCCGACCCCCCGGGGGCCCCCGCCGCCCGCGGCCAGACGCGCAGGCCGGCGCCGGGCUCGGCGGCCAGGAGGAGGCGCCGCGGAGCCCGGGCAGCCGCCGCUCGCAGGAGGAAGCCACAGCCGCCGAGCCCCGAGGAGAGCUGCCCCGCCAAGCCCGCGACCCCCGGACCCUGCUUUGGGGGCCGCAUUGAGGAGAUAUGGAGAGCGGCCACCCCGACGCUGACCACCUUCCCCACCAUCCGCGUUGGCGGCGACGUGUGGGGCGAGCGCAGCUUGGCAGCGGCGCGACACCGGGCGCGCCAAGUCCUGAGAGUGAACCUGGAACCCGUGGUGAAGCUCCGCCGCUUCCCGGUGCCUCGGGCGUGAGACGCGGCCCCCCGACCCUAGGACGGAGCUUCCGCCGGGAGGGAUGAACAAGUGUCAGUCGAGUGUUUACAGAUCCGGACAGGACUCCGUCCCCUAGUGCACUUUACGGGCGAAGAAGUCACCGGAUGGUGUUCCUGGCCCUGCGCCCCGGGAUGCGGCGCCGCCGUCUGGGACUCCCGGGCAGGUGUGCCCUCUGCUGCCUCCCAGCACCGGGUCUGCGGAGGGAGGAGGCCGCUGGAUCCGCAGGAGAGGUCCCUUUUCUUCCUAACCCCAGGUUGAGACGUCUCCAGGACUGUGGGGGCAGAUCCAUCUUCUCCCUUUUGGACUCUACCUCACCGGUUUGGAAGCCCUCCGCAGAAGUCAUUAUUUUUCCAAAGGAAUUUGGUUUCAUGCUAGUGUAAUAAGCCAGAGUUCACUUGCUUUUUAUACCUCUCCUUCUCGCUCUCCUUUUUUUAAUUUCUUGACUGCCACCCCUCUUUCUGGACGAAAGAUUGGACAUGUUUUGUGUGUGCACGAGUUUGUGCUGAGGGUAUUCUGAAUCCCCUGGUUUCCUAAUAUUAUUAAUUGGAUUCCGAUGCUUUGACCAAGGAUGUUUUCUAAGAGAUUCAAGCUUAUUGUGACUUAAUAGUGCAAGGGUUUGUAUGGCUUUGAACUUCAUGGCUCAGUAAUUACAAACAAAGAGAUGCAAAAUACAACUUUUAGUUAUUUUAAGGUGUUUCUAAAGAUUUAUAUCGAAAUUGAAUGUUUAUAUUUACUGAACUCCUAAAGAAAAAGGUAGAAACUCAUAUAAAGUUUUGUUUAGGAAAAGUUGACUUGUUAGAAUUUUUCAGUUGAUAAAAAAGUGCAUUGAAACUACAUGGCCUGUGGUUUGAAAAAAUGACUGCGUUAUAUAAAAAACUUGUGUUGGUUAAAGAGUGGAUGGAAUCUGAUUAGAAAUGAUUUGGCUCCUUGUACUGGUCUAACAUACAAAUCCAGUAAUAAUUCAAGGAUAAUUUGUUUUAAAAUAAGACUCAACAUAGGAGAAGUGAAUGUGUGUAAACUUUGUGAUUAAAAUGAUCAACAGAAUACCCACUGCAAUCCUCAGAACUAGAAAUGGUCUAGAGGGGUGGGGGCAUUUCUCGGUUUAAAUAAGUGGUUGAAGUUAUUAUACUUUGGGCAAAAUAGAUCUCUUUUUCUUUCCUUCUUGUUAUUGUUGGAUCACAAGAAACGUGCAGACUCAUAUCCAUCACUUUUAUAAACAUCAUGACAGUUAGUUGAUUUUUUUGCUCCACAAGUUUCCUUUUUUAUCUUGUUUCCAUUCAUAAUUAUGUUGCAGUUAAUGGGUCUUUGACAACUGAACACCACAGGAAUCGAACAGGCAAUCCACAGAGUUCUGACCCUUCUUUUACACUUUUAUAAUAGUGUUUAUACUCUAUGGCCCAGUGUGUAAUUCUUGAUUAUCCAAGUGCCUUUGGUCAUUGGUGGCAGCAAGACUUAAUGGUUUUUAGCCAGUGGUGCCACAGCCAGACUUUACUGCAAUAUCUCAAGGGUCAAGUAGUGUUUUUGUACCGCUAUUAUUCAAUUUAAGUAUUCUGCCAUGGAAGGAGCUGUACCAGGCUGGAACUUAACAUGUGGAAUCCUCAAUAUUAAGGUUUGUCUCUGCUUGGCAGCUUCUUGGGAAAAUAAUGAGACUUACCAAUUUUGACUCUUGUGUUCUUAGGAUUUAAAUGGCAUAGCUUUCUGAAAUGAUUUUUUUCAAGUUUAAUAGUCCCUUGUAGGAGCUUUGUGACUAAUUUAAGUGUUCUUGUUUUGUAAAAAAAAAAAAAAAUUAUUGUAUGUAUAUAUAUACAUAUAUAUGUAUAUAUGCAUAUAUAUAUACAUAUAUAUAUAUAAACUUUAUGCCAGUUUCCCAGUAAGCCGCAUAUUCUUUUAUUCACUACUCAAUGAUAAUGCAUUGUUAUAAACGCUGUCACAUGAGUAAAUAAAAGUGAAUAAUU